UUCAAACCACAUGAUUAACAAACGUCGCGAUCACGUGACCAUCUACUGGAAACGUUUGUUUGUAGAAUGUCACUAUCCGCCAGUCCACGCCGCUCGAGCUGUCACCAUACUGUCCAGAGGUGAAUCAGGUGGGCGCUUGAUAUUACAAUGUUGAGGAUAAGAUGGGAGUUGCUGCUAAUGGCCAUCAUAUGCUGGCAUAGAGGCCACACAGAUAAUCAUGAGGCUAAGCAGAGUCUUGGGCAUGUGACUGUGGUAGUUGUGGGUGGAACAGGUGACUUGGCCAGGAAGUACCUGUGGCAAGGCUUUUUCCAGCUUUAUGCUGACGAGGUAGGCAAAGGACACACCUUCUCAUUUUAUGGUGGGGGCCUUUCGCCGAAUGAGAAUGGGACCACGCUGCUGUUUGGGAUCUUGAAGGAGCUGGCUUGCCCUCCAGAGCUCUCUGCUGAGCGCUGUGCGUUGGUCAAAGACCAGUUCUUGCAUCUGUCCCAGUAUCACCAGCUGAAGACAUCUGAGGACUAUGAAAAACUCAGCCAGAAGAUCAAAGAGCAGGUAGGACAGGAGGGUAUGGUCGAAGCGGGGAGGCUCUUCUACCUGUCUGUUCCAGCUUUCGCAUAUGCAGACAUUGCAGAGAAGAUCAACAACACCUGCCGCCCCCCUCCUGACGCAUGGCUGAGGGUGGUGCUGGAGAAGCCAUUUGGUCAUGACUUUGCUAGUGCCCAGUCCCUUGACAAAAAACUGUCAGGCCAGCUGAAAGAAGAGGAGAUGUAUAGGAUUGACCACUAUUUAGGGAAGCAGGUUGUCUCUAAAAUAUUGCCAUUUAGGAAAGAGAAUAAGAAACUUCUGGACCCUAUCUGGAACAAGCACCAUAUUGAAAGAAUAGAAAUUGUAUUGAAGGAAACCCUGGAUUCCAAAGGACGGAUUCAGUUUUAUGAUCAAUAUGGCGUCAUCAGAGAUGUGCUCCAGAACCACCUCACAGAGGUCAUGACCCUUAUGUUGAUGAACCUUCCUGCAAACCUCUCCAACAGCAAGGAGAUACUACAAAACAAACUUAAUUUCUUGGCUUCCCUACAGCAUGUAGAUAACAGUAAUGUGGUCGUAGGUCAGUACCAAGCUUACAAUGGAGAGGUUCAGGAAGAGCUAAAUAAAACAAAGGACUACUUCAGCCUAACCCCCACAUUCGCUGGAGUGCUCAUUCAUGUCGACAAUGCGCAAUAUGAGGGAAUCCCCAUAUUUAUGACUUCAGGCAAGGCACUUGAUGAACGGGUCGCUUAUGCACGUGUAAUUUUCAAAAGUGAUGUAUUUUGUGUCCAGGAUCUCAGUAACGUUCACUGCAAAUCCAAACAGAUCAUAUUUUAUCUGGGUCACGGAAACCUCCAGUACCCUGCGAUUCUCGUGAGCAAGAACCUGUUCAAGCCCGACCUGAUGAGCAGCGGUGACUGGAAGGAGGUCACUGAAUACAAAGACGUAGACGUGCUGGGGUUACCCCUCAGUGAUUAUUACAUCCAGUCACCAGUCGUACCCAGAGAGGCUUAUUGUGAGCUGAUCUCACACGUCUUCUUUGGACGCAAAGAUAGAUUUAUCAGUGCCGAAGGACUCCUUGCUUCCUGGGCGUUUUGGACACCUCUCCUUGAAAGCUUGACUCGGGUCUUUCCACGGGUGUAUCCUGGUGGUGUAGCCAACGGGAACCUGCUGAACUUUAAGCUGCGGGGCCAUCAGGUCGCUUUCAGCCAUGAAGCCGUGGUCAAUGUUAUCAACCCUGGUGCCGAGGACAACUUCCAGGUGAUGCAAGGGAAGUACCGUAGUUCUGAAAUGGUAUCUGCUUGGGCACAGGAACUGGUGGAUCGCUUGGCUUCUGAUCUUCUCCUGGCUGCCGAGGAAGCCAUUCGUGAAGAGGGUCAGUUUCACCUGGCGUUGUCUGGUGGCUCCAGCCCGGUGGCGCUGCUACGUGCGCUCGCCCUCAACCUCUACACCUUUCCGUGGCGCAACACUCACAUAUGGCAAGUGGACGAGCGAUGUGUGCCACAUACAGAAUCAGGCUCCAACUUCCGGUCCAUUCACGAUCUGCUGCUUCAGCAUAUCCGCAUACCCUACUUCAACAUCCACCCCAUGCCGGUGCAUCUCACCCAACGGUUAUGCGUGGAAGAGGAUGGUGGUCCUACAUUAUAUGAGAAGGAAAUUAAGAAGCAUGUCAAUGCCUCCAGCUUCCACUACAUCCUGCUUGGCGUAGGCCAUGAUGGCCACACUGCCUCAUUGUUCCAGGACACCAAAUUGGAAAGCGACGAAGAACGGUUGGUAACUCUGACGGAGAGCCCCAUUAAACCUCACCAGAGGAUGAGUCUCACAUUCACAGCUAUCAAUAGGGCUCGAAGGGUAGGUGUUUUAAUAAUGGGGAAAAACAAGCAUGAACUUGUCAGUCAACUCAGCCGAAUUAAGGGGGAAUCAUCUAAGUAUCCCAUUACCAAAGUACAGCCAAAGAGCGGUACUCUUAUAUGGUACAUUGACUAUGAUGCACUGUUAGGAUAGACCAGUACAUAUCGGUCAAUGAAGCCACCCACCAAGGCUUAUAGCUCAAAUCGAAUGCUGUAUUUUGAAUGAUUGUAAGUUUAAUUUUCACACUGAGGUGUGAAUUGUGUGAGGGUUAUUUUAAUGCUGUGAUAGGGACUUUGCAAUUUGAUUGCGUUAUGGAAUGAUUGCAUUAUAAACGACUAAACAUUUCAAAUCUCAGGACCUCUUUUAGCUUACAGUAAUUAAUGUUUUUAAUAAAUAAUUUUAUAAUGUUGCUACAAAUCCUUAUUCCACAAGAUCAGGCUGUUUAGAAAGCAAAUGCGUCUGAAAAUUUAAUUCCACAUCAAGCACUUUUUUCCACAUUUGUGACCAAGCAGUGAUCAGAUAAAACAUAAUUUGACUUUUCUUUUUACUUUGCUUACUAUAUAGUUGCAUUAGCUUUAACAAUUAUUCAUCAGACCACCAGAUUAAAUUGAACCAUGUGGCCGCCUUUGUUUUUACAGAGGAAACAAGCAGAUGUGUUUGGUUUGUUUUUCCUCCUCAAUUAAAAGAUUUCAGUUAAGUGGUGAAAUUCUGUUCUAGGUGUAAUCACAGACCUCAGGUUAAGAAAUCCUAAUAAACAUGUCCAUAAAAGAUGGCAUAUCCAAUGUUUUUUAGGUUGGAGCAAAUGUUAAUGUACUGUUUCAUCUUUAGACUGAAUUGAGUUUCUAUUGUUGGCCUUACUUGAUAAUUCCAUUCCAGAAUCCAUUCUACAUUGUUGACAGAGUGUAUUAGUGUCAGAGAUUUUUGUCAUACCUCAGAAAACAAUGGUUUAUUAUGUGUAGAACAGUCCAAAUGGCAUAACGCCUUACAAUGAUUAUAUAAACACAUGAAUGCCUUUGUAAAGUCUGUGCUGUUUAAAAUCUAAGAAGAAUAUCUUAGCAUCGCAUGCUUUAUGAGACACUUUUUAUGGACAGGGGGCAGCAUUGUCUAAUUCAUAACCAUUGAUUUUGGCCAAAAAUAUUGUAGUGAAGCAGAUCAACAUUACAUUCCACAGGGAUCUAUUGAUCUAAUAUGUGAAAAUGUUAAUAAAACAUUAAAAUAAAUUCAUACAUUGAAGUCCUUAUGUGUAUUUACACGAUUUUGUGUUUUCAAUACAAAAUGUUUCACAUUGUAGAGAUCCUGUACUGAAAUACUGUGUGUAGUUCAACAAAGUAUGUGCCUCGCUGACAGGUUUAACAUUUGAAUUGACACUUUUGAAUGAAUCCAUUAUAUGUUUCACUAAAGGAAAUUUUGUUACAGUAUUCAGCUGUAUUACAUGGCAUUACAUAAAUCAUUUCAUAUUUGGUGGUGAUUUUAAUACACACAAUAAAAUAUAUUUUUGAAAUCA